AUGGAGCUGCCACACUUAGGUAAGCACUGCUCGAAGACAGACUGUAACAAACUGGACUUUUUACCAAUCAAAUGCGAUGCUUGCACCUUGUUAUUCUGCGACGAACACUACAAUUACACCUCGCACAACUGCCCUAACGCCUACAAGAAGGACAACCAAGUACCGGUAUGUCCCUUGUGUAACAAACCGAUACCGGUAGGAAAAGGCCUUCAUCCAGACUUUGUAGUGGGGGCACACAUCGACACAGACUGCCAGUCCGACCCAGCGAAAAGCCGCAGAAAAGUGUUCACCAAUAAAUGUGCUUACAGACGUUGCAAGACGAAAGAAAUUAUACCUGUGGUGUGUAACGAGUGCUCUAUGAACUUUUGCUUGAGGCAUCGGCACCCUACGGAUCAUGCGUGCGAAGGGAAAGGAGCGAGGAGAAGAUGGAUUUUUGAAGCACAAGCCAGCAUUUCAAACAGGGUUCAAGGGAUAUAA